AUGGUCUACACGACUGAAGACUUCAACCGCGACCUUGCCAAGAUGACCGAACUAGCUCGCGGCGACAAGCCCACUGACAUUUUCUUAUGGGUACAAUGGGAAAUGGCUAGGACACACAGGGCACUCGUGGUAUUUUGGCUUCAGGUUCGGAAGCAAUUUUCCACAUCUGCACCUGUUGACGACGCGGAAAACUUCCUCGGCUUCGCGAAGCAAUGGGUACGAUCCGUCGAGCUGCACCAUCAGCUCGAAGAAGAGGUGCAAUUCCCCGCACUUAAUCCCCCCGUAGACACUGGGAAAAGCCAUGACGAGCAUGUUGAACUCAUGCAACCGCUGCAGGCGUACAAAUCAUAUCUCGAGAGCGUCUCCAGCGGCAGCGAGUCGUGGUCGGCAUAUAAAGCAGACGAGCUCACGCAAGCGUUCAUCCCUAUCAUGAUGCGCCACUUUGUUGAGGAGCUGUACAUCCUCGACCCCGAUGCGCUCAGGAAGUUCAUACCGAAGGAGACCUUGGAGGGGAUGCGGCAGGAUGUUGCGGAGACAGCAAAGGUCCGCCUCGACCCGGCGAGGGACGUACCGCCGCUGGUCACGCAUAACGACGAUGCGCUGGACUGGCCGCCCGUGCCGUGGAAGAUCACCGAGGAUUUCAAGAUCCCCCUGGAGCUCUAUCAGCCGCACAAGGGGUGGUGGAAGUACUCGAGUCACCCGCUCGAGCUGUAG